AUGGAAUUCUUGUUGGGCGAACCUCAUGAUGUAAACAAGUGCUUAGCAACUAUUUUGCGGUGUCAAGUUUAUACUCCAGAUGGGCUUCAGACAUGUGAGAAUGGGGACUGUUGGACAAAAGAAAGCGUUGAAGUUACUGCUUUGGUUGCAGGGGUGAUUUAUGGAAGCGAGAGAGUUGUCGAACGCUUGAUUAGGGACGGAGCCGAUACCAACAUAAGCACAGAGCUGGGGUCACCUUUAUUUGUCGCUGCUGCGAUUUCUACGGUCGCGAUUGUCCAAUUAUUGAUUAACAACGGUGCCCAAGUAGUGCCAUCUGAACUUGAAGGAAGAGAGCAUUCAUCACCGGUGGUUAUUGCUGCUGCUCUGGGAAACAUUGAAAUCGUGGAAUUACCACUUAAAUCUGGGGCUGAUGUUGAGCGGGGGACCGCAAUCAUCUUUCAUUCAAUGCUGGCUUGUGAAAAGGAGAUUGAGGGAAGAUUCUAUCCCUCUGCUAUUGAAGCUGCGGAUAUGGAAGGUCAUGAAGAGGUGGCUGCGCUUUUGCGGGAGUAUAGGGCGAGGCAGGCUGUGACGGGUGUGGAGGAAGUGGAAGUUACUAUGAUGCGGAGCAGAGUUGAAGAGGUGGAAGAUUAA